UUACUAUACCAGGCAGGCAACAUUAUCAUUAUUGCCAGUCCUUUACUAUACCAGGCAGGCAACAUUAUCAUUAUUGCCAGUCCUUUACUAUACCAGGCAGGCAACAUUAUCAUUAUUGCCAGUCCUUUACUAUACCAGGCAGGCAACAUUAUCAUUAUUGCCAGUCCUUUACUAUACCAGGCAGGCAACAUUAUCAUUAUUGCCAGUCCUUUACUAUACCAGGCAGGCAACAUUAUCAUUAUUGCCAGUCCUUUACUAUACCAGGCAGGCAACAUUAUCAUUAUUGCCAGUCCUUUACUAUACCAGGCAGGCAACAUUAUCAUUAUUGCCAGUCCUUUACUAUACCAGGCAGGCAACAUUAUCAUUAUUGCCAGUCCUUUACUAUACCAGGCAGGCAACAUUAUCAUUAUUGCCAGUCCUUUACUAUACCAGGCAGGCAACAUUAUCAUUAUUGCCAGACGUCUAUGAAAACCCCUGCAGAAGACCAUAGCUGUCGAAACAUUGGUUGAAUAAAUCGAUUGCGUCACUCAUUGCACUCGUGUUUUUUGUUUUGUUUUCCAACACGAUCAUUAUCCAGACUUCACCAGUAGUUGGCACAAUAUUACAUAUUGGUCUAUGUAUUCAACAAGGUGACGUUGCCCCCCCCUCCCCCUCCUCUGGGGGCCAGUUUUUACCUUUUCCCCACAAAUGGUUAUUAGGAGGAAGAGGAGAGGUAUCUGAUCCUAGAUCUGUCAUAGCGAGUUUGGGUUAGUGGUAUAGCACUUAGAUGGGCCUAAGUGUUUUUGCAUUGAAAGGCCAUCAAACAGAAGCAGGUGUGUAUGUUGUCCCUCACCUGUCUGCGCGCGGGGCCUUUCCACACCGAACCCCUGUCCUCUUACUUCCGCUCGGUCGCGCAGCUAAUCCCGAUCAUCUGACAUCAGGACAAAUGGCGGACCAGGAUGGCAGCGACACAUCUCCGACAGUACCACAAGUCUCUGACUCGCACCCAAACUUGACCCUCUCCAGUGGGCCUGACUCCUCAACUUCCGGCCAGGCCCUGUCCACCACCCCAACCCUCAGCCCAUCACUGUCCACCACUCCAACCCUCAGCCCAUCACUAUCACCUACACCUACUCACAGCAACAAUGCUGCUAACAAAGCAGAGCCGUUGGUCCUCAAGAUCAACGAGAGACAGAGACUGGCCCGGGAACGUCGAGAGGAAAGGGAGAAACAGAUCGCUGCCAGGAGGCUGCGUGGCAGGAGAGGGAGGAGAGGGCCAGACACUACUAUGAGAAACACCUGGAGGAGAGGAGGAGGAAGGUGGAGGAACAGAGAAGGAAGGAGGACAGGAGACGAUCUGCUGUGGAGGAGAAGAGAAGACAGAACCUGGAGGAGGAGAAGGCCCGUCAUGAGGCAGUGAUGCAUCGGACAGUGGAGAGAAGUCAGAGAGCCAAACCCAACCACUGGACUUGGGGCGGGACCAUGACCACACCCACCACACCCGGGGGUUUUGUGGAGUCGUCGUUCCUAUAUCCCCUCGACGUAGCAGGGCUGGAGCACCAUCUCCAAGGUGCAUUCAGUGUCUACCGCAGAUACGGCCUGAGCCACCAAUAUGCUGACAGACGGUCUGUGUCGACCGUGAACCUUUCCAAACAUGCAGCUGAUCCAGUUAUAACCAAGAGACUGUCCUACUCCUCUACACUCUUACACUCUCCAGACAGAGGCAUGCGUCAAAACACAGUGGUCAAGCGUGUUCUACAACCCACACUCUCCUACUUGGCACGCAGCCGCAGCGCCAUGAGCUUGUCUGGAGACACUGGAGCCAUGCCUGCAUGUCCUCGCUCGGUGUCCUGCCACCCUAUGGGAUCUAUGUCCUUCAAGUCCAUCCAGUCCCAGCCUCUGACCGUCUGCCGCAGCCAAGAGCCACUCCUCCCCAGGGACAUGACCAACCGCAGGAGGACCACCGGAAAAGCACCGGAUAAAAAUAGGGACUCAGUCAGAAAGUCUUGGAGCAACCUCUCCAUGCCUCUGACCACGCCCCCUCUGACCACACCCCCUCUGACCACACCCACUGACAAAAUGUCCCGGUCGCCACGGAAACAGCAGAGUAGAGUGACAGCGCCCUCGCCUGGCAGACCACCCCAGAGAGAGAAGCCGCCCCCUCGCCCCUCCACCCCCAAGCAGCUGUGGUCUUCCAGUGGGGGGGAUGUGGGGAACCUCAGACCCAGUAGGACGGUGCCAGAGGGCCUGUCCUUGUGUCUGAUUGGACCGCAGGCAGCAGGAGGACCUGAGGGAGACCACGAGUCUGACCCCUCCCAGCCCCACCCUCCGACCCUGGGCCAAUCCAGAGCCAGCCCAAGCACAGGCACAGCCCGUCAUGAGGCAGUGAUGCAUCGGACAGUGGAGAGAAGUCAGAGAGCCAAACCCAACCACUGGACUUGGGGCGGGACCAUGACCACACCCACCACACCCGGGGGUUUUGUGGAGUCGUCGUUCCUAUAUCCCCUCGACGUAGCAGGGCUGGAGCACCAUCUCCAAGGUGCAUUCAGUGUCUACCGCAGAUACGGCCUGAGCCACCAAUGUGAAUAUAUCAUUCUCAGCUAG